AUGUCAGCAGCCGUGGCCAGGCCCAGCCUGGGGCCGGGCUCCUGCGGCCUCCAUUCCUCGCCCGGGAGCCGCUGGCGUCCGGCCCGGCCUCCCCCAGGCCGCACAGGCCGUGGGCGAGCAGGGCCGGCCUCACCACAGCUCUGCUACCUCCUGGGUCCCGAAGCAAAAGGUGGCCACACCAGGCAUGGUGCUGGAUUUCAGGCCACUCUGGGCACCUCUCUGCCCUGGCAGGGGAAGCAGGCUCGGCCUGGAGCUGUCAAGCGCCACGGAGGACUCAGCGUCGGCAAGAUGUCAGCAGCCGUGGCCAGGCCCAGCCUGGGGCCGGGCUCCUGCGGCCUCCAUUCCUCGCCCGGGAGCCGCUGGCGUCCGGCCCGGCCUCCCCCAGGCCGCACAGGCCGUGGGCGAGCAGGGCCGGCCUCACCACAGCUCUGCUACCUCCUGGGUCCCGAAGCAAAAGGUGGCCACACCAGGCAUGGUGCUGGAUUUCAGGCCACUCUGGGCACCUCUCUGCCCUGGCAGGGGAAGCAGGCUCGGCCUGGAGCUGUCAAGCGCCACGGAGGACUCAGCGUCGGCAAGAUGUCAGCAGCCGUGGCCAGGCCCAGCCUGGGGCCGGGCUCCUGCGGCCUCCAUUCCUCGCCCGGGAGCCGCUGGCGUCCGGCCCGGCCUCCCCCAGGCCGCACAGGCCGUGGGCGAGCAGGGCCGGCCUCACCACAGCUCUGCUACCUCCUGGGUCCCGAAGCAAAAGGUGGCCACACCAGGCAUGGUGCUGGAUUUCAGGCCACUCUGGGCACCUCUCUGCCCUGGCAGGGGAAGCAGGCUCGGCCUGGAGCUGUCAAGCGCCACGGAGGACUCAGCGUCGGCAAGAUGUCAGCAGCCGUGGCCAGGCCCAGCCUGGGGCCGGGCUCCUGCGGCCUCCAUUCCUCGCCCGGGAGCCGCUGGCGUCCGGCCCGGCCUCCCCCAGGCCGCACAGGCCGUGGGCGAGCAGGGCCGGCCUCACCACAGCUCUGCUACCUCCUGGGUCCCGAAGCAAAAGGUGGCCACACCAGGCAUGGUGCUGGAUUUCAGGCCACUCUGGGCACCUCUCUGCCCUGGCAGGGGAAGCAGGCUCGGCCUGGAGCUGUCAAGCGCCACGGAGGACUCAGCGUCGGCAAGAUGUCAGCAGCCGUGGCCAGGCCCAGCCUGGGGCCGGGCUCCUGCGGCCUCCAUUCCUCGCCCGGGAGCCGCUGGCGUCCGGCCCGGCCUCCCCCAGGCCGCACAGGCCGUGGGCGAGCAGGGCCGGCCUCACCACAGCUCUGCUACCUCCUGGGUCCCGAAGCAAAAGGUGGCCACACCAGGCAUGGUGCUGGAUUUCAGGCCACUCUGGGCACCUCUCUGCCCUGGCAGGGGAAGCAGGCUCGGCCUGGAGCUGUCAAGCGCCACGGAGGACUCAGCGUCGGCAAGAUGUCAGCAGCCGUGGCCAGGCCCAGCCUGGGGCCGGGCUCCUGCGGCCUCCAUUCCUCGCCCGGGAGCCGCUGGCGUCCGGCCCGGCCUCCCCCAGGCCGCACAGGCCGUGGGCGAGCAGGGCCGGCCUCACCACAGCUCUGCUACCUCCUGGGUCCCGAAGCAAAAGGUGGCCACACCAGGCAUGGUGCUGGAUUUCAGGCCACUCUGGGCACCUCUCUGCCCUGGCAGGGGAAGCAGGCUCGGCCUGGAGCUGUCAAGCGCCACGGAGGACUCAGCGUCGGCAAGAUGUCAGCAGCCGUGGCCAGGCCCAGCCUGGGGCCGGGCUCCUGCGGCCUCCAUUCCUCGCCCGGGAGCCGCUGGCGUCCGGCCCGGCCUCCCCCAGGCCGCACAGGCCGUGGGCGAGCAGGGCCGGCCUCACCACAGCUCUGCUACCUCCUGGGUCCCGAAGCAAAAGGUGGCCACACCAGGCAUGGUGCUGGAUUUCAGGCCACUCUGGGCACCUCUCUGCCCUGGCAGGGGAAGCAGGCUCGGCCUGGAGCUGUCAAGCGCCACGGAGGACUCAGCGUCGGCAAGAUGUCAGCAGCCGUGGCCAGGCCCAGCCUGGGGCCGGGCUCCUGCGGCCUCCAUUCCUCGCCCGGGAGCCGCUGGCGUCCGGCCCGGCCUCCCCCAGGCCGCACAGGCCGUGGGCGAGCAGGGCCGGCCUCACCACAGCUCUGCUACCUCCUGGGUCCCGAAGCAAAAGGUGGCCACACCAGGCAUGGUGCUGGAUUUCAGGCCACUCUGGGCACCUCUCUGCCCUGGCAGGGGAAGCAGGCUCGGCCUGGAGCUGUCAAGCGCCACGGAGGACUCAGCGUCGGCAAGAUGUCAGCAGCCGUGGCCAGGCCCAGCCUGGGGCCGGGCUCCUGCGGCCUCCAUUCCUCGCCUGGGAGCCGCUGGCGUCCGGCCCGGCCUCCCCCAGGCCGCACAGGCCGUGGGCGAGCAGGGCCGGCCUCACCACAGCUCUGCUACCUCCUGGGUCCCGAAGCAAAAGGGUGA